AGAUUCCGUUUCGUCACAUCCGGAUUGCUGCUCUUCCCGCAGCGGACUCGGCACAGGCAAGAUGUCUCGAGGCUCAAUAGAGAUCCCUCUCCGGGACACGGACGAGGUCAUUGAACUUGAUUUCGAUCAGCUACCGGAGGGGGAUGAAGUUAUAAGUAUUUUGAAGCAGGAACACACCCAGCUGCACAUAUGGAUCGCCUUAGCGCUGGAGUACUACAAGCAGGGAAAGACAGAGGACUUUGUGAAGCUGCUGGAAGCGGCACGUAUCGAUGGCAACUUAGAUUACCGGGACCACGAAAAAGACCAAAUGACAUGUCUGGACACCCUGGCAGCUUAUUAUGUGCAACAGGCUCGCAAAGAAAAGAACAAAGACAAUAAGAAAGAGCUGAUCACUCAGGCCACACUUUUAUACACCAUGGCAGACAAGAUCAUCAUGUACGACCAAAACCACUUGUUGGGAAGAGCUUGUUUCUGCCUACUGGAGGGAGAUAAAAUGGACCAGGCCGAUGCCCAGUUCCACUUCGUACUCAACCAGUCGCCAAACAACAUCCCAGCUCUGCUUGGUAAAGCCUGCAUUUCCUUCAACAAAAAGGACUACAGGGGAGCUCUUGCCUAUUACAAGAAAGCUCUGCGAACAACCCCAAACUGCCCCGCAGGUGUGAGGUUAGGAAUGGGCCACUGUUUUGUCAAACUGAGCAAGUUGGAUAAAGCUCGUCUGGCAUUUGGACGAGCUUUGGAUCUGAAUCCUUUGUGCGUCGGAGCCUUGGUUGGAUUGGCUGUUCUGGAACUUAACAACAAAGAGGCUGACUCUAUCAAGAAUGGUGUCCAACUACUCUCCAAAGCCUACACGAUCGAUGCUAGUAACCCAAUGGUUUUAAAUCACCUGGCCAAUCACUUUUUCUUUAAGAAGGAUUACAGCAAAGUGCAGCACUUGGCUCUCCACGCGUUUCACAAUACGGAGGUGGAGGCCAUGCAGGCAGAGAGCUGCUAUCAGUUGGCCAGGUCAUUCCACGUGCAGGAGGAUUACGAUCAGGCGUUCCAGUAUUAUUACCAGGCCACUCAGUUUGCAGCUCCCUCAUUUGUCCUUCCAUUCUUUGGCUUGGGCCAAAUGUAUAUUUACCGGGGUGACAAGGAGAACGCUGCUCAGUGCUUUGAGAAGGUGCUGAAAGCUUACCCCAACAACUAUGAGACAAUGAAAAUUCUGGGCUCGCUUUACGCGGCAUCUGAUGAUCAAGAGAAACGGGACAUUGCUAAGAGUCAUCUGAAGAAGGUGACGGAGCAGUAUCCAGAUGAUGUUGAAGCCUGGAUUGAAUUGGCUCAAAUCUUGGAGCAGACCGACAUUCAGAAUGCCCUGUCUGCUUAUGGCACCGCUACCAGGAUCCUACAGGAAAAAGUACAGGCAGAUGUACCACCAGAGAUCCUUAAUAACGUAGGCGCUCUCCAUUUCCGUCUGGGAAACCUGGGAGAGGCAAAGAAAUAUUUCCUGGCGUCACUGGACCGUGCCAAGGCAGAAGGAGAACAUGAUGAGCAUUAUUAUAACGCCAUCUCUGUCACCACCACAUAUAAUCUGGCGCGGCUGUACGAAUCACUGUGUGAAUAUCAUGAGUCGGAGAAGCUGUAUAAAAAUAUUCUGAGAGAGCAUCCCAACUAUGUGGAUUGCUAUUUACGUCUAGGAGCCAUGGCCAGAGAUAAAGGCAAUUUCUAUGAGGCCUCUGAUUGGUUCAAAGAGGCACUUCAGAUUAAUCAGGAUCACCCCGAUGCUUGGUCUUUGAUUGGAAACCUGCAUUUGGCCAAACAGGAAUGGGGACCAGGACAGAAGAAGUUUGAACGAAUUUUAAAGCAGCCUUCCACGCAGAAUGAUACCUAUUCCAUGUUGGCUCUCGGGAACGUGUGGCUGCAGACUCUGCACCAGCCAUCCAGAGAUCGCGAAAAGGAAAAGCGUCACCAGGAUCGUGCUCUGGCCAUUUAUAAGCAAGUCCUGAGAAAUGACUCCAAAAAUCUAUUUGCCGCUAAUGGCAUUGGAGCUGUUCUGGCACACAAGGGAUAUGUAAGAGAAGCACGUGAUGUUUUUGCACAAGUGCGAGAAGCGACUGCUGAGAUCAGUGAUGUCUGGCUGAACCUGGCCCAUAUAUACGUGGAGCAGAAACAGUACAUUAGUGCGGUUCAAAUGUAUGAAAACUGCUUGCGGAAAUUCUACAAAUAUCAGAACACAGAGGUUCUGCUGUACCUGGCUCGGGCGCUCUUUAAAUGCGGCAAACUUCUUGAGUGCAAACAGAUCCUGCUCAAGGCCAGACAUGUAGCACCCAAUGACACAGUCCUGAUGUUUAAUGUGGCUUUAGUGCUCCAGCGACUCGCUACCUCGGUGCUGAAAGAUGAAAAGAGUAACCUAAAGGAGGUGUUAAAUGCUGUCAAGGAGCUGGAGCUGGCCCAUAGAUACUUCAAUUACUUGAGCAAAGUUGGCGAUAAGAUGCGGUUUGAUUUGGCGCUUGCAGCUACGGAAGCCCGGCAAUGCUCCGAUCUUCUGAGUCAGGCUCAAUAUCACGUAGCGCGUGCUCGCAAACAGGAUGAAGAGGAGAAGGAGCUCCGAGCUAAACAAGAACAAGAGAAGGAAGUCUUACGGCAGAAGCUGCUUAAAGAACAUGAAGAGAAACGUCUGAAAGAAAUUGAUGAGCAGAAGAAGCUUCUGGAACAGAGAGCUCAGUAUGUCGAGAAGACCAAGAGCAUUCUGGCCUUUACCGGAGAAAGUGAAACUCCCAAAGAGAAGAAACGAGGGGGUGGCGGACGGCGCUCUAAGAAAACAGGAGAGUUUGAAGAGUUUGUUAAUGAUAAUUCUGACGAGGAACUCGCUCCUAGAAAGAAAAAGAGAAAGAAGGCCAGCAGCAGCGAGAACGAGGGAGGAGAGGAGAAUAGAGAAGGAAAGAAGAAUAAGAGGAAGAGAAGACCACAGAAAGCUGAAGGAUCUGAUGAUGAAGAACAAGAAAAAAGACCUAGAAAGCGCCCACCACCUAAAAAGAAACAGCCAAUCAAAGUGGACCGUACACCUCCUUCCAUGCGUGGGAAGAUUAAAUCAAAGGCCAUCAUAUCCUCCAGUGACGACUCCUCCGAUGAAGAUAAACUCAAGAUUGCAGAUGACGGACAUGCCAGAAACAGCAACAGCGACUCAGACGAAGGUCCCAAAAAAGCAAAAAGAAAGGUUAUGUCUGAUAGUGAUUCUGAUAAUGCGAACAAAUCGGGGAGUGAAGCUGGCAGCGCCCGAGGAUCACAACAGUCAGAUUCAGAUGAUAACGGCCCUUCGCCAAAAAAGAGACAAAGAUCCGAUUCUGGAUCAGAUAACGAUUCAGUGCGAUCCGGGCGAAGCCGUUCAGCGGGUUCUGACAAUGAGUCUCGAGCUGCAUCCCGUAGUGCUGGGUCAGACAGAGAAUCGGACAACGAAGGCUCGGGCCGGGGUUCUGGGAAUGGGUCAGAGCAGGAAAUUUCUGCCAAUGACAAGUCAGAGCACGGAUCAGACGACAGUGACUAAACCUGAAAUUAGUGCCGUGUUUUGCACUGAAUGUAAAUAUUGAUUUUUCAAAUUGAUACAAAACGUGUACUGUUUUCUUACGGAUAAAUGCUGUGAUAUGGGGGUGGGGAGACUUGUAUUAUCUUUUCUAUCCCAGCAUGCUGCGGCAUAUUGAGUUUUUCAGGAAAUAGGGUGUCCGUAUCAUACAUGGACAUUUAAAGGGAAGGUGACAUUCACUGAAAACAAUGUGGAGUGGCUUCAGGCAUAUUACAUGGUUUUCGUCCCUGUGACAUUUAUUCAAAAUGAUGUGCUUCCUUCCAAUUUUUUUUAUUUUUAUUAAGCUGCUGGGUUUAUAUGACUAAGCCAGAUCCCCUUUGAUAAUAUUUGCCAUUUUUUUUAUAUAAGGGGCCAAUAGGUUAUCUGCAAAGGGACUAUUACCCUGCAAUGACCAGGCUCUUGACACAAAUGGCAUCUCCACUAUUGUGCUUUUUUGCAACCGUCAUAAAUGGCAACUAAAGUCAGUGUUACAAGGCAAGGAGGGGGGUUCUGUGGCGUUCAUGUAUGCAAAUUUCUUUAAAGCAGAACUGUCACAAUUGAGAUGAUUGCUCAUCAUGAGGGCUGUACUUUUAACACGGUUGCAUGCCAAUGGCACUACAUCAGGACUACCUGAGCACAUGUUCCCAGGGGAUCGUAGGACCAAUGAAUGUGACCUACAGAGAAGUUACAGUCCUGCUUUAUCUACUGUUUUAUGUAAAAUAUAAAAUACAUCUCCCAGUGCUGCGCUCAUUGUGUUGCUAUCACUGGAGUAAUGCUAGCUCGAUCCGCAUUCGUUUUGCUACUUUUUCUUUUUGGAUAACAGUCAGUCGGGUUGUCUGGUAGAAUUGAGUGCCAAAUGUUGCUUUUUGAGACGUAGAACUGAUAAUGAGCGACAUAAUAUGAAGGCGCUAGAUCGGUCACAUUUGUCAAAGGAUCUUCUGACAAAUGAAAUGUUUUCUUUUUUGUUUUUUAUAUAUUAACUAGUGGAAUAAUUAAACAUUUUUAAGUAGCAGUAAUGCUUUUGGUCAGGUACCUGUUACUCUGUGACGUUUUUGCUCUGAUGGGAUGCGAGGAAACAUCCUAUCACUCAUUUCACUUUCUUCCCUGCAAGCUUUGUGGUUGACCAGGACAUUGCUUGAAUUGGUUAAUUAAAUGUGGAGAUUCGAAGAGCAGGGAGCGAAAGUGCAAACAUAAGAAAAUUUGAUUUCUGAUUAAUAAAUGCUGUAUCAUAA